AUGGUGAACCACACUUCAAAGAGGAGCUCCGCAGGAAAAUUAUUCCUAUUUACAAUAUUGCUGUGCACCCUUAUAACUAUGGGCAUUAUCGGAUGGCAGCACUCAGAUAUUUAUUACCAUGACCCAUCAACAUUGGAGAAUGCAAGACACGGGAGAAAUAUUUACAGUGAUAAGCAAGAUGAAGGAGGAACUCAUAAGAUUACCUUUCAUCCCUUUGAGAAUGCGUGCAAGUAUGCGAUACCGAACAUCUACGCACCAGAUAUCUACCCAGCCGAACGCUUGCGUCAACUACAAUGUCCAUACGAGGAUUUUGAUCUUGCCACCAUGGACAGCGAAGGAUACAUGUACGUUCAUCCACAUUAUGCGAAUUAUCCGGAGCACUUGAAAGAUGUGAACUGCAAGGUUGUAUUUUUGGAAGGAGCAUUGAGAGAUAAUAUAACGAACAAAGGUAAAAACGUAUUCAGAGAAGUCGCUGAAGUAGAGGUGUUUGAAAAUAAGCGAUUCUUUGCAAAUGGAGAUGCCUUUUACAUUCGUUGCUUCAAGAAUGGUACAAAGAUAUUUGAAGAUGUCUAUCCUGGCAUGAGGGACCUAGAUAGAGCACCUAACACGGUUUACUACGCAAGAGAUACCCAGUCAUUUGAUGACUAUGGCAGAAAGCUUGCAUCAGAGCCAUUGAAAACACGAGAUUCGCAUUAUUCUAUCGACAUUCUUGGUUUUGAUUCGACAUCUCGAACAAUGUUUAUGCGACAUUUACCUCGAACUCUGGAAACUAUGAACAAACUAGGCUAUGAGCUGUUUUAUGGUUACAACAAGAUUGGAGAUAACUCAGAAGUAAACCUUGUGUCAUUGCUUGCUGGUGACCUUCCUGAAGCUCUUGAAGAACCAAAACUGGAUGAAUUUGGAGACAUAAAUAUUAACUGGAUUUUGCCUUUAAAACGUAAAUUAGAUCCAACCAAUAUACCCUUUCUUUGGAAGAUGAUGGCGAAGGAGUUUGGAUGCCGUUCAAUGCUCAAUGAAGACAUCUCAGUGGACUGGCUCGGAUUGUUUCAUUACCCCUCUGCUCAAUUUCUUCCUGGAUUUACAUCACCUCCUGCUGAUCACUUCUAUCGUACUUAUUAUUUGGCUGUAUACAAAAACUGGACGUAUAGCCAGUGUAAAGAUGGUGGUCAAGUUCAACGACGUUAUGUAGAUCUGUGGCGUCGUUUCGCUAAUAAGUACAAAGACGUCUGCCAUAUGGGCUUUACAUUUGUGACAACGCUUACUCAUGAAGAUGGAUUUACGCUUGAAGUCUUAGAUGAACAAAUUUCAUCAAGUCUCGAAAAUCUAUAUUUCACAGGAGCGCUAGAUAAAGGAGUCAGCAUCAUAAUGGGUGAUCACGGAAAUCGAGUUGGAGUGCAGCAAUAUUCUUAUACUGGCAGAAUUGAGGAGCGUAUGCCGUUAAUGGCUAUACGCAUGCCCCCCGAUUUUGAGAAAUUACAUCCGAAGGAAUAUUCCAAUUUUAUGAUAAACAAGUGGAAGUUGACGAGCAACUUCGACAUUCAUCAAACUUUGAAAGAUGUAGCGCUGAUGAAUUUCGGAAGUGCGAGAAGAUUGAGUACAAGAAUUUACGGUCGGGGAAUCAGUCUCUUUGAUGAGAUAUCCGCCAAUAGGAGUUGUUUUGAUGCAUAUGUCCCAGAAAAUUUUUGCACAUGCUUAGUAGACCGAUCGAAUUUAACAAAUGCUGCAAAUGAAGCUACUAAGCGAGAGGACAUUCUCAUGGUUGUGCAAGGUUUUCUCGGAAACGGCGAGCUUGCAGGAUGUUUCAACUUAUCAAAUACCGCAAUAGCAGAUAACGCUACCAUACUCGGUCUAAAUCCCUUAGUAAGACAUGGACUUCGCAGGAAGGACAAUGCUACACGUAUAGAGGAAGCCAGGAACAAGAAGCCACCAAAAAUGGACUUUCUUUACCAUGAGAUCGUUGUGUUAGCGGAGACAUCUGCGAAUCGAGGAAGUGUCCGACUACUAUUUCGUAUAGAAGAAGCUGUAAAAGGAAAAUCUUUCAAAGUGGUAAUGGAACCACUUGUUCAAGAAGCUCCUGCAGACUGCUACUAUAAAUCCGUUUUCAGC